GGGGCCGGUCUGUGAUUGGAGGGAAACCCCGUGCAGAGCGCCACUGACCCCCACGAGAAUCAGCUGUGCGCAGCAGUUAGCCAGCUUUCGCUUAACAACAGCAUCCUCAUCCAUCACUCUCAUCCAGCUCCGAGCAGCCAUGGACACAAGUGAAUUGGUGCAGAAGGCCAAGCUCGCCGAGCAAGCCGAGCGUUAUGACGAUAUGGCCUCUGCUAUGAAGGCGGUGACGGAGGGCGGUGCCGAGCUUUCAAACGAGGAGCGCAACCUGCUUUCGGUGGCCUACAAGAACGUGGUGGGCGCACGCCGUUCCUCCUGGAGGGUUGUGUCCAGCAUCGAGCAAAAAACCGAAGGCAGCGAGAAGAAGCAGCAGAUGGCCAAGGAGUAUCGUGAGAAGAUCGAGAAGGAGCUGAAGGAGAUUUGCAAUGACGUGCUGGUUCUUCUGGACAAAUAUCUGAUCCCAAAGGCAACCCCAGCCGAAAGCAAAGUCUUCUACCUGAAAAUGAAGGGCGAUUACUUCCGCUACUUAGCCGAGGUAGCUGUGGGAGAAGAGAAAAGCGCCAUCAUUGGCAACUCACAAGAUGCCUACAAGGAUGCGUUUGAGAUCAGCAAGGCUGAGAUGCAGCCCACACACCCAAUCCGUCUGGGCUUGGCACUCAACUUCUCAGUCUUUUACUACGAAAUCCUAAACUCUCCUGAGCAGGCUUGCAAGCUAGCCAAAACGGCUUUUGAUGAGGCCAUCGCAGAACUCGACUCGCUCAACGAAGAAUCUUACAAAGACAGCACGCUGAUCAUGCAGCUGCUGCGAGACAACCUGACACUGUGGACCUCAGACAACCAGGGUGAUAACGAGGACACCGAGGAAGGAAGAGAAAACUGAUUCCCCUCUGCCCAUCUGUCCUUCCCCUGACAUCUGGCUUUUAUUAUCCUAUCCACACUGAACACCACAUCAUUCAGCUUCUGCCUCCGUUAAUUCUUACUACUUUCCAUCCAUCUGUCCUUUUUCUUCUCUUGUUCCUUUUCUUGUCAUCAUUAAUACACCCAGGGAUCUUUCUUUUGGGAGGAAGGGGAAAAGGCAGGGAGGUUAAAGAAAGAUUUAGGGGGGGGAUUAUAGGGGGAGGGAGCCGGUAGGGGUGACACUUGUGCUAGUGAGCUCAUUAGCAUGGGUGUGUGUAGGCGAGGGCAAGUUCUCAACUCCAAGUUCUGUCUUUUACAUUUGUAUAUCAUGUAUGUCCAUUGGUCACAGAGUUGGGGUGUUUGCCAUACUCAUUAUGCACAGCUGCAACUUUUAUAAGCAUUCUUUAAAUAAAAAAAAUAAAUCAAUAAAAACAGCCCUAAUCUUUAAUCAGAGAAGGAAGGUAGACUAGGUAAUGGGGACAUCAUUUGCUUCAUAUGUUGAUAAUGAGAAGAAAAAAAACGUACUGAUUUAAAAAAAAAAAAAAGACAAAAAAACAUUCCAUGUGCUGUCACAUUGUCAGCUUUUGCAUUUUCUUUUUCUUUUCUCUGCUGCAGGUGACCUUAGUUCACUUCUCUUUCCUCUUCUUCAACAUUACGAGGUAGAAAGGACCCCUAAGAUCAAAGAGCACAUAUGCUUGAUACUGAUACCAUAAGACUGCACAAGCAGAGCAUCAAGCGUUCCAACAUGCAUAUAGUUACUACUUUGUCCUGUUACGUUUUGUUUUAUUAUUAUUUUUCUUUGAUAAUUUUUGAUACUUGCCUGAACUGCAUGUGGCUAUGAAGUAGUUAACAGGGGUUGGGUGUUAUUGUUGGGCUGGCUAGCAUUUUUGUUUUCAUGUCUUUGCUAUUUUCACAUGAAACACCAAGCAUAAAUGUUAUUUGGGGGGAGGGGGGAUAUGUAAUUUCAUCUACGUGUAAUAAACAGUAAUAAUUUAACAUUUUAA